AUGCCUCAAACAGUAUGGCUCGUCACCGGCACCACCUCUGGCAUCGGCGCCGCCUUGGUCAACCACAUCAUCUCCCGCGGUGACAAAGUCAUUGCCUCUGGCAGAAACGUGGAAAAGAAACUUGGCCACCUCAAAUCUGGGAAUGUGGCCCUUCUAGAACUCGAUGUCGCAGCUGGAAAGUCCACUGUGGAAGCUCAGGUGAAGAGGGCGUGGGAGAUUUUCGGACACAUUGACGUCUUGAUCAACAAUGCCGGCAUGUCUGCUCUAAAGGCUGCUGAAGACGCUGACGACAACUAUGUCAACACCAUGUUUCAAGUCAACGUCUUCGGCCAGCUGCACAUGUCCCAAGCCAUCCUGCCUUUUUUCCGCGCACAAGGCCACGGCACCAUUGCAUUCACCUCCUCCGGCUGUGCCUGGGGAGCACUCCCCUACCUCUCCCACUACUGCAUGACAAAGGCAGCAUUGAGCUCCUUUGCCGAGAGUCUACACAAAGAAGUGUCCCACAUGGGCAUCAACUGCGUCGCCUUUGACAUCGGUGGCUUUCCAACACGUCUAGCACAGCCUCGCGAUGGAGACGAUGGCGCCGCCGAUGCGGCUGUGAAUCCAGACGAGGUGGCUUUCCCCGAAUCUCCUGUUUCUGAGCCCUACGCCGAAUCUUUUGGGCAGUAUCUUGGCCUCUUUAUGCCUGAUCCAACCUGGACUAUCCCCGGCGAUCCCAACAAGGCAGCAUCCACAAUGGUGGACGUUAUUCAGCGUCAAGGAGCUGCAGCGGGUCGUCCUUGGGCAGUCCGUGUGAUUUUGGGAUCGGAUAGUCUGACUUAUGCGAGGAAAAGACGUGCGGAGGAGCUCAAGCUUCUGGAGAAAUGGAAGGAUGUGAGUUCUAGCACUGACGCAAGGAAGUUUGUGCUCAAGCCAGAGUAUGAAAAGUACAUUGUCGUUGCUGGGGUUGAAGAAUAA